GUUUUCUAAUCAGCAACCCAUCCCCUUCAUUUCAAGUAAAGUACCCAGAUUAGAUUUGUAACUUAUUAGCCCAAAAUUCUUCACUUUCUCUAGAUCUUUCCUUCCUUGCUUCGUUUCUCUUCGCCGUCGUUCCACCAUGGUGCUCGAGGCAACGAUGAUCUGCAUUGAUAAUUCGGAAUGGAUGCGGAAUGGUGAUUACGCUCCCUCUCGGUUUCAGGCUCAAGCCGAUGCUGUCAACCUUAUUUGCGGAGCUAAAACUCAGUCUAAUCCAGAGAAUACAGUUGGAGUUUUAACAAUGGCAGGAAAAGGUGUUCGUGUUUUGGUCACUCCUACAAGUGAUCUUGGCAAAAUCUUAGCUUGCAUGCACGGCUUAGAAAUAGGUGGUGAAAUGAACUUGGCAGCCGGAAUCCAAGUGGCACAGUUGGCGCUUAAGCAUCGGCAGAAUAAAAAGCAGCAGCAAAGGAUUAUUGUCUUUGCUGGAAGCCCUGUCAUGCACGACAAGAAGGCGUUGGAGGUGAUUGGAAAGAAGUUGAAAAAGAAUAGUGUAGCACUUGAUAUCGUAAAUUUUGGUGAAGAUGAUGAAGGGAAGACAGAGAAGCUUGAAGCACUUCUUGCUGCUGUUAACAAUAAUGAUACUAGUCAUAUUGUUCAUGUUCCUGCUGGUCCUAAUGCUCUCUCUGAUGUUCUUAUAAGUACCCCCAUCUUCACUGGGGAUGGGGAAGGUGGAAGUGGUUUUGCAGCAUCGGCAGCAGCAGCUGCAGCUGGUGGCGUCUCGGGUUUCGAGUUCGGUGUGGAUCCCAACCUUGAUCCUGAACUGGCCCUUGCUCUUAGAGUUUCAAUGGAAGAGGAGAGAGCCAGGCAAGAAGCAGCUGCUAAAAAGGCAGCGGAGGAGGCAUCAGAACAAGAUGCGACAAUGACGGAACAUGCCAGUGAGGGACCUUCAGGAGCUGAUAAUAAGAAAAAUGAAAUUCCAGAUGAUGAUAAUACUUUACUACAGCAGGCUCUUGCGAUGUCAGUGGAUGAACCUGCCUCUACCCAAGAUUUACAGGAUACUGAGAUGUCAGAUGCAGCUGCUGAGGAUCCAGAUCUAGCAUUAGCUCUUCAAUUAUCUGUGCAAGAGAGUACAAAAGAUUCAUCUAGUGAGGCAGAUAUGAGUAAAUUGUUGGCAGACCAGUCCUUCGUAUCCUCCAUCCUUGCAUCUCUUCCCGGGGUAGAUCCAAAUGAUCCUUCUGUUAAGGAGAUGCUUGCUUCCAUGCAAAACCAGUCUGAGUCCCAGCAGAAGCAGGAUGAGGACAAGGCACCAGAAAAGAAGGAAGAGAAGGAAGAGAAGGAAGAGAAGUGAUGUUUGUUCGGAUUUGUUUCUCCUUCAGAUUUGGAAGCUCUUCAUUGUAGCCACCAAGAUGGAUGGUGAUAGUGUUAUUAUUUGUUUCAAAGGCUUUGUAAGCGCUUCAGUAAUUUUCAUUGAAUGCGUCUCAUUCAUGUUUCCACCAAUUCUGUAAAAUAUAUAUGUACUAUAG